ACUCAACUCACCACGCGAUUCACGAUUGUGAUUUUGGGUCUCAAUUUUUUCCGAACAAUUUGAAUUAACAAAAUAAAAUUUAUUCAAAAUGUACGGACAACAACCGAUAAUAGUUUUGAGCCAAAACACAAAACGUGAGUCCGGCCGGAAAGUUCAACUCGAGAAUAUAAACGCUGGAAAGACAAUAGCGGACGUUAUACGAACAUGCCUUGGUCCACAAGCUAUGUUGAAAAUGUUGAUGGAUCCAAUGGGUGGGAUCGUGAUGACCAACGACGGCAAUGCUAUUCUCAGAGAAAUCACAGUACAACAUCCAGCGGCUAAAUCUAUGAUAGAAAUUGCCAGAACUCAGGAUGAAGAGGUUGGCGAUGGAACCACAUCAGUCAUUGUUCUAGCUGGUGAAAUGUUAGCCGUGGCUGAACCAUUUUUGGCACAGAACAUUCACCCCACAGUUAUCAUCCGGGAAUACAGACAGGCGCUAGAGGAUGCCAUUAAAUUAUUGCAGGACAAGAUCUCCAUACCAAUAGAUUUGAAUGACAGGGAGAAAAUAAGAGAAGUGAUCCGCUCAUGUGUAGGCACAAAAUAUGUUGGCCGCUGGGCUGACCUGGCCGUGGACAUUGCACUGGAUGCUGUCAACACUGUCACAAUCAACGAGAAUGGCAGAGUUGAAGUUGAUAUUAAGAAUUACGCCAAAGUGGAGAAGAUUCCCGGUGGCACAGUGGAAGAAUCCCGCGUGCUCAAUGGCAUCAUGAUCAACAAGGAUGUGACGCACCCCAAAAUGAAGCGGCUCAUUGAGAACCCUCGCAUCAUUCUGUUGGACUGCCCCCUCGAGUAUAAGAAGGGUGAAAGCCAGACCAACUUUGAGAUUGUUGGUGAAGAGGACUUCACGAAACUGUUGCAAUUAGAAGAGGAGCACGUACAGAGACAGUGCGCGGAUAUCAUCGCGCUCAAACCUGACGUGGUCUUCACUGAGAAGGGAGUGUCCGAUUUGGCUCAGCAUUACCUUGUUAAGGCUGGCAUUACUGCUAUUAGGAGACUACGUAAAACAGACAACAACCGUCUGGCCCGUGCUUGCGGCGCCACCAUAGUGAACCGCACGGAGGAGCUCAAGGAGAGUGACGUCGGCACUAUGGCCGGACGCUUCGAGGUGAAGAAGAUCGGUGAUGACUACUUCACCUUCGUCACCGAGUGCAAGAACCCCAAGGCGUGUACAAUUCUUCUACGAGGCGCUUCAAAGGAUGUGUUGAAUGAAAUUGAAAGAAAUCUACAAGAUGCUCUUCAUGUUGCUAAGAAUUUGGUGCUAAACCCGCGUCUAGUGGCGGGCGGUGGUGCGGUCGAAAUGGCGGUGUCCCAAGCGCUCGCGGCCAACGCGUCGCACAACACGCCGUACCGUGCUGUUGCGACUGCGCUCGAGAUAAUCCCCCGUACGCUGGCCCAAAACUGCGGUGCCAACACAAUCCGUACGCUGACCGCACUGCGCGCACGGCACGCGGGCAACGCGGGCACAAUGAGCACGUUCGGCAUCGACGGGGAGACCGGCGAGAUUGUGGACAUGGUCGCGAGGAAGGUGUGGGAGCCGCUCGCUGUUAAACUGCAGGUAUACAAAACGGCAGUGGAAACGGCGAUCCUUCUCCUCAGAAUCGACGACAUCGUCUCCGGGUCCAAGAAGAAGAGCGGCCAAGAGCCCGCUGCGCCCGCACAACUUGCGGGACAAGAAUAAUUCGCUUUUAAAUAUAUUCAUUUUUAUAUUAACCUGUGGCAUUUUUUGUUAGAAAGAAGUAAUUUUUGUUUACAGACCAAAAUAUAAGACCAGUGAAAAAAUUAUUAAUUGAUUACAAGCUGAAAAAUCUAAAAUGGGAUUUAAAAGCAUAAGGUCGUAUUGAAUGGGUGUUAAAAUUUGGUACUUAUUCGUUUUUAAGCUCGAAUUUAAAAUACACAAAAUAUAUAAGUAUGUAUGUACUAAGAUUUUAAAUAACAUCACAGUAUAAAAUGGAAUAAGUAAUUACGAUCAAUUGUACUAAUAUUAGAAUUUUAAACACCAUGCUUUAAUACAAACAAUGCAAUAAGAGUCCAUUUUCCGUAAAACA